GGGCAGCGACCACGCGGGGCCGCCGUGGUGCCUUGGACUCGUGCGGCGGCUGCGGGGCGCACGGCCCUUCGCCAUGUACACCUUCGUGGUGCGCGACGAGAACAGCAGCGUCUACGCCGAGGUCUCCCGGCUGCUGCUGGCCACCGGCCACUGGAAGAGGCUGCGGCGGGACAACCCCCGGUUCAACUUGAUGCUGGGCGAGAGGAACCGGCUGCCCUUCGGGAGACUGGGUCACGAGCCUGGGCUGGCACAGCUGGUGAAUUACUACAGGGGGGCGGACAAACUGUGCCGGAAAGCUUCCUUGGUGAAGCUAGUCAAGACCAGUCCAGAGCUGUCUGAGUCCUGCACAUGGUUCCCCGAGUCCUAUGUGAUUUAUCCAACUAACCUCAAGACACCGGUCGCUCCAGCGCAGAAUGGCAUCCAGCUUCCGAUCAGUAACUCCAGGACGGAUGAGAGAGAAUUCUUCCUGGCUUCUUAUAACAAAAAGAAAGAGGAUGGGGAGGGCAACGUUUGGAUUGCAAAGUCGUCCGCUGGUGCCAAAGGUGAAGGCAUCCUCAUCUCCUCAGAGGCGUUGGAGCUUCUGGAUUUCAUAGACAACCAGGGUCAAGUGCACGUGAUCCAGAAAUACCUCGAGCACCCUCUGCUCCUUGAGCCCGGCCACCGCAAGUUUGACAUUCGAAGCUGGGUCCUGGUUGACCACCAGUAUAACAUCUACCUCUAUAGAGAGGGUGUGCUCCGAACAGCUUCAGAACCGUAUCAUGUUGAUAAUUUCCAAGACAAGACCUCCCAUUUGACCAAUCACUGCAUUCAGAAAGAGUACUCAAAGAACUAUGGGAAAUACGAAGAAGGGAAUGAAAUGUUUUUCGAGGAGUUCAAUCAGUACCUAAGCAGCGCUCUGAACAUUACCUUAGAAAGCAGCAUUUUGCAGCAAAUCAAACACAUAAUAAGGAGCUGCCUCAUGAGUGUGGAGCCGGCCAUCAGCACCAGACACCUCCCUUACCAGAGCUUCCAGCUCUUCGGCUUCGACUUCAUGGUGGACGAGGAGCUGAAGGUCUGGCUCAUCGAAGUCAACGGUGCCCCUGCGUGCGCUCAGAAGCUCUAUGCAGAACUGUGCCAGGGAAUCGUGGACAUAGCCAUAUCCAGUGUCUUCCCACCCCCGGACACGGAGCAGGUGCCGCAGCCCGCUGCAUUCAUCAAGCUGUGACCCGGGAGCUACAGAGCCGCCUUGGGAAGUGUAUGGCAUCCGGAGGAGCGUGAGGUGACGGGACUGCUCCUUAUCAAGGCAUUCUGGGGACAGAUGUGCAGGAAGAGUGUGUGACGAGAAGGCAGCUGUGGGAGAGCAGGGAGUGCUGCCUUCAGUGCCGUGGAGACCCAGGAAACUGAAGCAAGUCGCUGAGAGGCAGACCCGAACACUUCCGGAACCGGGGAUUUGGUUGUGGUGUGAUCUCAUCCCUUGAGCAGUUUCUGGCCUUGAGUGGCACGGGGAGCAGAGCUCCCUCCUCCCCAGGAUGCAGCCCAGAGACCUCUGAGUGGUGUUGUCUCACCUGCUGCAGCGUUAGUGCCUUAGCUCUGGGUCCAGUACAGCCUCACUGGACCCAGACUGGACCGUAGAGCAUUUUGGAGGUGGCCACAUGUUCCCUGCACAUCCCCUCUGUGACACUAUGUCCCACUAAACCCCGGACAAGCAUGCAGCACAGUCCAUGCUGGGUACUGGCCUGUCAUGAAGGCCAGUCACCUUCCUGGUGGCCUCUAAGUGAGCACUUGCCAGGGUCCUGUGGGCACCAAACCGUGUAUUUUGCUCACUGCAUGUUUUAGAAACAAAAGCACCAGGCCUAAUGAGUCUGCAAGCAUCAAAUAAGCAUGAGAGAGAAAGAGAGAAAAAAGAAAACAUGAUAUCUUUCUUUACUUAACGGUGUGGGUGGGUGGGUGACUCUGAAAUAUCACGAGCCUCAUUAUCUUUGACUUAAUCAGAAUUCUGAAUGCAGCUUUGCCAUUUUCCUUCCCUUCACCCCUCUCCCCACCUCUGAACCUUUGUAACAAUCCUCUCUGGGAGUCAGGGAAGGUAGAACUCCAUUCCUCCACUCCUCCUCACCUCAUAGCUCUCCCUACAUCUGUCCUCCUCGGUUCCAAGGGCCUGGAGGGACAGGUUCCAUUCCAGAAAGGGCCCUAUUUGCUUAUGCAUGUAGGUAGCAGGAGAGAUGCCCUCUGAAUGAGGGUGUGUCCUGCUUGAGUGAGAAAGAAGUAUUUUUGGAGCUUUGCACAGCUUCCUGUGUCAACAAAAGUGUUCGACAUCUGGUUUCCAUGUCAGGGGUCCAUUCGCAUUUCAGAGGCUUCUGGGGAGCCCACUCCGGAAGCAGUGGGUAGCUGUCAUGUGUAUUCAGUAUUAGCUGAGUCAACAGGUUCUUCUGAAGAGGGUCCUGGAAACCAAGGUAGACACAGUGAAUGCUGCCCUUCUGCCCAGAGCACAGUGUGGCUUUUUCUGGUGUAUAUAUGUGCUUCUUCAUGUGCAUCUACUUGGUAUGGUCUGCAGUCAAAUGAGACUUUUACAAAAGAGCUAGAGAAUGAGAGGUGGGAACUUAUGUGAGGAAAGGAAUGAUGAGAUUAUUUAUUACAUGUGUCCGUGGGUAGCAGAAUGCAUUAUACUGAAGUGAAGAAAAUCUUAGCUCAUAGGAACCCAGAAUUAGGGGGUAAAGGUGCCAUGGUUGCCUAGAAUAUGGUUAACAAAGUUGGCUCCCAGAGCAAAGUACAACAUUCGAGAUGAAGUCAGUCCUUGAGGCCCAGCACAGCUGAUGGGUCAGCGCUGCACAGCUGAUGGGUCAGCGCUGAGGAACUUCUGA